UCCAACAGUGUCUCUGAGCGCGCGGCUCUCUGUAACUGCAAGCGAGCACAUAACGAAGGUAAAACAUCCUCACACAAGACCGCGAAAAAACGACAUUUAGCGGCGUGGACCAGACAUAUAGAGCCUGUUUGGAAUGUAAAGUGGAUUAUUACGCUUUGGGAUAUUUUUUUACGAAAACUGAGCUAUUGUGCGCUAGACGGGGCAGAGUAACCGUAUGGACUACAUUACCCACAAGGCAUCAUGCAGUCUGCACUGGUUUCCCUAAAUACAGAAAGAGUCCGACCUGGAGGACCUGUCUGGAUGAUUGAGGUCUGAGGAGAUACCAGAAGAAAACAGCACCUCAGCAGAAACACAGCACCUCAUCUGCUCGUCUCCUCAAGUUUAUCCAUUCCAGGAAACGUGGAAGAAGUACUUUUAUUGUCGCCUGACAGAGAUUGGAUUGUUGUGCAAUGUCAUUGGCCUUAUGACUGUUAUUUAAGACUGUUCUCCUCCUAACUCCCUCUCCUCUUUUAGGAUAUUUUCUUGUUUGUCGCUGCGUUUGACGAUCUCACCUCUUCUUUAAUAUCUCUGGGUAUACUGUGGGAUGUACAUUGGAUAUACUGACCUUUGAACCAAAGCGAAUUCAAUGAUUUCCUUCUGUUCAGGAUAAUAACCCCAAAUCUCCAGCACUUUUAAAAUGAAUUUCUUCAGAUUCUCAGUCCAGUUGCAGCUGCUGAUCAGUACUGUGCUUGGGCCCUGUUUGGGCCUAGAGUUUACAGGGUCGCAAGGUCAGUGGGCACGCUAUCUCCGCUGGGACGCCAGCACCAGAAGUGACCUCAACUUCCAGUUCAAAACAGACGUGUCCAGCGCCUUAAUCCUGUACUUUGACGAUGGUGGCUUCUGUGACUUCCUGCAACUCAUGGUGGUCGAAGGGAAGCUCCAGUUGCAGUUCGGCAUUGACUGUGCUGAGACCACCGUCAUAUCGGACAAGCGAGUCAAUGACAGCAGCUGGCAUUCUGCCACCCUGAGCAGGUACAACCUGAGAACUGUGCUGGUUCUGGAUGGAGUGAGCAAAUCGGGCGAGGUGCGGCCACAGAGGCAGUACAUGAAGAUCGUUAGUGACCUCUUCCUGGGCGGAGUCCCUCAAGAUAUUCGUAUUUCUGUGCUCACUCUCCCAACAGUGAAGGAUCUUCCGCCAUUUAAGGGAAUUAUCAGGGAACUGAAGUACAAUAACAAGGAACCUAUUCUGCUAAGCAGCCAGAGGGUCCGCAUGGACAUAGAGGGGAUCUGCAUGGAGAACCCAUGUGAGAACGGAGGAACGUGCUCCGUUGUGGAUGGGGAACUGCUUUGUGAUUGUUCUAAGACGGAAUAUGUUGGCCGAUUCUGCAACGAAGAGGCCAACAACAUCCCAGGAUUUGCACACAUGAUGAUGGCGGAUCAAGCCAAGGGCAAAGCACGAGAAGAGAACGUGGCCACAUUUAGAGGUUCCGAGUACUUCUGCUUCGACUUGUCUCAGAAUCCCAUCCAGAGCAGCAGCGAUGAAAUCACAUUGUCCUUCAAAACCUGGCAAAGAAAUGGCCUUAUCCUUCACACGGGCAAGUCAGCAGACUACGUCAACCUGGCCCUGAAAGAUGGGGCUGUUUCGUUGGUCAUCAACUUGGGAUCCGGAGCCUUUGAGGCCAUUGUCGAGCCAGUCAAUGGCAAAUUCAACGACAAUGCCUGGCAUGACGUGAAAGUCACGCGCAACCUCAGACAGCAUUCAGGUAUUGGACACGCUAUGGUAAACAAACUACAUUGUCUGGUGACAAUAUCUGUGGACGGCAUCCUGACUACAACAGGCUAUACGCAGGAGGACUACACAAUGCUGGGAUCAGAUGAUUUCUUCUACGUCGGAGGAAGUCCAAGCACAGCAGACUUACCUGGGUCGCCCGUCAGCAACAACUUUAUGGGUUGCCUGAAAGAAGUUGUUUACAAAAACAAUGACAUCCGGCUGGAGCUCUCCCGGCUCGCCCGCAUUGUGGAUCCCAAAAUGAAGAUCCAGGGAGAUGUGGUGUUUAAGUGCGAGAACGUGGCCACCCUGGACCCCAUCUCAUUCGAGACACCCGAGGCCUACAUCAGCCUACCCAAGUGGAACACCAAACGCAUGGGCUCCAUCUCCUUCGACUUCCGUACCACUGAACCAAACGGCCUUAUUCUCUUCACCCACGGGAAACCGCAGGAAAGAAAGGACGCCCGCAGUCAAAAGAACACAAAAGUGGACUUUUUUGCAGUAGAGCUUCUGGAUGGAAGUUUGUACCUGCUGCUGGACAUGGGCUCUGGGACUAUCAAAGUGAAAGCCACACAGAACAAGGUGAACGACGGGGCCUGGUAUCAUGUGGACAUCCAACGAGAUGGAAGAUCAGGCACCAUAUCUGUUAACAGCCGCCGCACUCCAUUCACUGCCAGUGGUGAAAAUGAGAUCUUGGACCUGGAGGGGGACAUGUACUUGGGCGGCCUCCCCGAUACCCGGGCCGGUCUUAUCCUUCCCACCGAACUAUGGACUGCCAUGUUAAACUACGGCUAUGUGGGAUGCAUUCGCGACCUGUUCAUUGAUGGUCGCAGUAAGGACAUCAGGCAAAUCGCUGCGGACCAGAACGGUGCAGGCAUCAAACCUUCCUGCAACAAGGUGUCAGGCAAACAGUGCGACAGCUAUCCGUGCAAGAACAAAGGCAUGUGCAAAGAAGGGUGGAAUCGCUUUAUCUGUGACUGCACAGGCACCGGUUACUGGUCCCGUACAUGUGAGAGGGAGGCGUCCAUCUUGAGCUAUGACGGGAGCAUGUACAUGAAAGUGGUGAUGCCUACUGUGAUGCACACUGAAGCGGAGGACGUGUCCCUUCGCUUCAUGUCUCAGCGGGCAUAUGGCCUGCUCAUGGCCACCACCUCACGCGACUCUGCCGACACUCUUCGGCUAGAGCUGGACGGCAGUCGCGUCAAACUCACGGUCAACUUAGACUGUAUCAGGAUAAACUGUAACUCCAGCAAAGGACCAGAGACACUGUAUGCCGGACAAAAACUCAAUGAUAAUGAAUGGCAUACUGUGCGCGUGAUCCGGAGGGGCAAAAGCUACAAGCUAAUGGUUGACGAUGACGUAGCAGAAGGUCAGAUGGUGGGCGAUCACACCCGGUUAGAGUUUCACAACAUCGAGACGGGCGUGAUGACCGAGCGCCGUUUCGUCUCCAUGAUCCCCUCCAGUUUCAUCGGCCACCUGCAGAGCCUCAAGUUCAAUGGCAUGCUCUACAUCGACCUGUGCAAGAACGGCGAUAUCGACUACUGCGAGCUCAACGCUCGCUUCGGCAUGCGCUCCAUCAUCGCAGACCCCGUGACAUUCAAGUCCAAGAGCAGUUACCUAAGUCUAGCGACUUUGCAGGCUUACACAUCCAUGCACCUUUUCUUCCAGUUCAAGACGACCUCUCCAGAUGGAUUCAUCCUCUUCAACAGCGGGGAUGGAAGUGAUUUCAUCGCUGUAGAGCUGGUGAAAGGGUACAUACAUUACGUGUUUGAUCUUGGCAACGGGCCCAAUGUAAUCAAGGGCAACAGUGACCGAGCUCUCCAUGACAACCAGUGGCAUAACGUUGUCAUCACUAGAGACAACAGUAACGUCCACACACUCAAGGUCGAUGCCAAGGCAGUGAGUCAAGUCGUCAACGGCGCUAAAAAUCUGGACCUUAAAGGUGACCUCUACAUCGCUGGAUUGGGGCCCAACAUGUAUAACAGCCUGCCCAAACUUGUGGCCUCUAGGGAUGGUUUUAAGGGUUGCCUGGCAUCUGUGGACCUGAACGGACGCCUUCCCGACCUCAUAAAUGACGCCUUGUUCCGCAGUGGUCAGAUCGAGCGGGGAUGCGAAGCAUCCAAAAGUGAACUUGGUUUCACCAAAGCAGAUCUACAAGGUCCUAGCACUACAUGCCAAGAAGACUCCUGUGCCAACAUGGGGAUCUGCAUCCAGCAAUGGGAGAACUACACCUGCGACUGUUCAAUGACCUCCUACACCGGGUCGCAGUGUAAUGACCCUGGAACAACAUAUAUCUUUGGGAAAGGAGGAGGCCUCAUAACCUUUAACUGGCCAGCCAACGAGCGGCCAAGCACCCGUACGGACAGGCUGACAGUGGGCUUUAGCACUUCGCUCAAGGAUGGGAUCCUGAUCCGCAUCGACAGCGCCCCUGGCCUGGGAGACUACCUCAUGCUCCACAUUGAGCAAGGCAAAAUUGGAGUCACAUUCAACAUCGGAACGUCUGACAUCACUGUUCAGGAGAGCAGCACCGCUGUAAAUGACGGCAAGUACCAUGUAGUGCGCUUCACCCGAAAUGGGGGCAAUGCUACACUUCAGGUGGACAACUGGGCCAUCAAUGAGCACUUCCCCUCAGGUAACAGCGAUAAUGAGAGAAUUCAAAUGGCCAAUAAGAAAAUUCCUUUCAAAUAUGCCCGGCCCGUAGAGGAAUGGCUUCAGGAGAAAGGGCGGCAGUUAACGAUAUUCAACACCCAGGCCACAAUAAGAAUUGGUGGUUCAGAUGGCAAGAGGCCAUUUCAGGGCCAACUCUCUGGACUCUACUACAACGGUCUCAAAGUGCUCAACAUGGCCGCUCAGGGCAACCCUAACAUCAAAAUCAAUGGCAGCGUUCGCCUGGUGGGGGAGGUUCCCUCCGCAGGUUCAGCCAGAACCACGGCCCUCCCCCCGGAGAUGUCCACCACCUUUAUCGAGACCACCACCACCAUGUCCACCACCACCACGAGGAAACACCGCACUCCACCCACAAUACAGGUACGAUCCUAGACUCAAAAGCACAAAUUCAAAU